AUGGGGAUCGGGCGGAAGCGGCGGCGCGGGGCCGGGGAGCUGGGCCGGGUGGCGGAGAUCGUGAUGGUGCUGGCGACCGCGGGGAAGGCGCGGGGGGGCUGGGCCCCGACGGCGGCCGAGAGCGCACUUGUGGCUGAGGCGCGGGGAUCGCUGGCCGCCGCGGUGAUGGGGGAGGUGGAGUUGCGGCCCAGGGAGCUGUUCCCGCGUGAGGCGGUGCGCGCGCUCGUCGAGGACCUCGGGCUCACCCGCGCCAGGGAUCCCGCGGUCUUCGGGUAUCGCCCGCUCAAGGCCUCCAUUGCAAAUAGGGUCCGCCUCACCAAGCGCAAGAUGGAAGGGAAGGAUGCUUCUGCCCCUUCAACUACUGUCUCUAAAUUGACAGCCUCAAGUGCAAAAAAUGGAUUCCAGCAUGGAGCUUCUAAGGUCACCAGUGGAUCGCCCAAGACUCUGUCAACCCCGAUGGUAUCCCAAGUUAUCUCGAAGCAUCCCCUGGUAAAUGGAACACUAGCAGGGGCAUCUUCUGUAAAAUUACCUAGCAAUCCUUCUGCUGUUUCACUGCCAACAGGCUCUGCAGAUGUCAAAAAGCAAAUUGUUGUUAAUGGUUCAGAUUCCACACAAAACCGAGGUGAAGAAACUAUUGUAGAGUUAAAUAAAUCAGGUCAUCACACUACCAGUUCCAAUCAAAUUUCCUUACAGAGUUCCUGUCAAGCAGAGAAAUCUGUGGCCAAAAAGGGACGUGCUGUUCACCCGGUGACAUCAAGUGUUGUUAUGGGGUAUCAAGAUCCUAAGAGGGAAUUACCUAUUCAAAGACAAUCAAUCUUCUCCAACCACAAGGCAAUAUCAAAAAAUGUUGAACAGGUUCUGCACCGACCUGCUAAUCACUCUAGCUGGACUGUGCCUUCAAUUGAGUAUAUGAAUACUAGACUGGACUGUCAAAUAUGUAAAGUUGCUAUCAUGAAUAUGGAAAGUUUGCUUGUUUGCGAUGCCUGUGAGAGGGGCAUGCACUUAAAGUGCCUUCAGCAUUAUGGGAAUCAAGGCCUGCCAAAAACUGAGUGGUAUUGUCCAACAUGUGUGGCCCAUUGUAAGGGCAAACCCCUCCCUCCAAAAUAUGGCAAGGUUACAAGAACUAUAGUUGCACCAAAGACUUGUAUGACUGGUGGUGCACAGCCUUCUCAAGUAGCAGCAGAAAACCCAACUGAAACGGGUGGCAGUAGUUGUAGUAAAAUUCUAGCAGGCAAUGGAAGUGUCAUCAAUCAAAACACCAACAAAGUUGGCAGCCCUGUGUGCAAGAGUGGUACAUUGGCUUUAGAUGCUGGUUCAAAAUCACCAUCAAUCUCUGGUGCUGAACCUCAAAAGGAAAAUGUUAAAUACGAGGAAACCUCAUCUGUAGAAAAGGAAGGAAAUAACCCACCUUGUGGUGGCAUACCUACAGAAACUGCAACAUUAUACAAUGGAGAUCAAAGUACCAGAGCAUCAACAUAUGGUUCUGGCAAUCUGUCAGGAGGGUCUCAUAUGCAUAUCAAGAGGAGUUCUGCAAAUCCAGUAAAUUAUUCCAAUCUGCAGUCUACAGAACUUUCUGGCUUAAAACAUACAGACCAUUCUUUCAUUGUUUCUUCUAUAGAGACUUGUGAGAACACCAGAACACCUUACCGACAUCCAAGCGAAAAUGAACAGUUGCCUAGCACUAGAACAUCAACUGAUGAAAUACAUCAAGCAGAUGGAGUCACUAAUGAUGGGAUAGGAAAGCCACAUAAACACAAAAUUAUGGCAGAUGAUGCCAUCUCAGACCAUGACAAUGCUCAUCAGGUGACUUCAAAUGGACACAUCUAUUCUAAGCGUGAAACUGUAGGGGAUUGUAAGGAUAGAUACUUAGGUUGCAGCACAGCUAGUAUUGUGGAUUGGGUUGGUGAUGGCCUCAAAUCUAUUGACAACAAGACUUAUUAUAACUCCUGUAACAUUGAUGGCGUAAUAUACAGUCUUCAUGAUCAUAUUUUGAUUGCCACUGAAGGUAACAAGUCCGGUCCGUGUAAGCUGCAGUCACUAUGGGAAGAGCAUGACUCUGGUUCUAGACUGGCUAUGGUCAAUCCUUAUUUCUUAGGCUCCGAUAUUCCACAAUCUAUUAGCAAGCCAUGCGUUGAAGAGGAUGAGGUAUAUGGUUCAAACGAUGAAAGAACUGUAUUAGUUUCUACUAUUUGUGGCCCUUGUGAGAACUGGUUGCCCGACCCAAAACCAUUUGGUUAUUAA